UGAAAAAUUUCGUACAAAUAUAUUCAAAUAAUAUUCAUAUGUUAAACGAUGUUUAAUCAGUUAAAAUUCUAUAAAAAGUGAAUUGGUUUAAUUCAAAAAUGAGUUUAGUGUCGUAUUACAUUCAUAACAAGUGUCAGUAGACGUAGCCACGGAUUUGGAAAAAGAAUAGUGAGUUGAUCGGCAUGCAGUUUAGAUUUAAAUUGAAGUUGCUAGUACGCGUGGAAUGAAUGAAGACGAGCUUUUAAAAAGAUCAGCUGAAGAGCGAGAAAAAAUAUUUCAGCGCUAUGAGCGAGGUAGGGAACCGGGCGCACAGAUUGAUGCGUGGGAGGAUCCUGGAUUCGAGGUAUAUCAUAAGGCGGAUCGUUAUGGAUUCAUCCAUGAUGAACGUCUACCUCAAAAGAUUGAGCCAAAUGAGAAACGUAUGAAAGAAGUUGAAAUGGUUAGGGUAGCAAAAUGGAUGAAAAUGUUGAAGAAUUGGGAUAAACCUGCCACUAAAGAUAAGUUACAUAGAAGAAUUUAUAAAGGAAUACCUGAUUCACUUAGGUCACAAGUUUGGUGCAAAUUAUUAAAUUUAGAACAACAGAAAAAAGAUAAUGUUGGAGUAUAUCAAAAUAUGCUGAAGUUAGCACGACUAUGGUCAACGGAUGCACGACAAAUUGAUUCUGAUGUGAAUCGUCAGUUUCGUGAGCAUAUUGAUUAUAGAGAACGUUAUAGUUUAAAACAAAGAUCUUUAUUCAAUGUACUUGUCGCUUAUGGUAUGUAUAAUAUGGAAGUGGGCUAUUGUCAAGGUAUGUCCGGAUUAGCUGGAGUUUUACUCAUGUAUAUGGAUGAAGAGGACGCAUUUUGGGCAUUAUCUGUACUGUUAACUGAUAAAAAAUAUGCAAUGCAUGGCCUUUAUAUUGAAGGAUUUCCAAAAUUAACUAGGUUUCUUGAACAUCAUGAUAAAAUUCUUACAAAAUUUAUGCCCAAAUUAAAAAAACAUUUUGAUAAAUAUGGUUUAGAUGCAAUUUUGUAUUCUUUAAAAUGGUUCUUCGUUUGUUUUGUAGAAAGAGUUCCCUUUAGCUUAUGUUUACGAAUAUGGGAUAUUUAUUUAUUUGAUGGUGAACGGGCUAUAACAGCUAUGGCUUACACAGUCUUAAAAUUGCAUAAACGGAAUAUUAUGAAAUUGAAUGAUAUGGAUUUAAUUGUGCAAUUUAUACAAGUGAAGUUAUAUAAGGAUUUUGGAUACGAUGAUGAUACAGUUAUAACAACAUUAGAACGAUCAAUGGAAGAAUUAAAACGUGCAAAAUUGGAUUAUCCUGGACCACCAAUGCCUAAUGAAUUACCACAACAACCAUUUGGUAAAUUUACAGAGCCAACAUUCGAACGUAAAGUUGGACGACGGGCAGAAGAAUUUACUGCCAAGGAAAAUGCAACAAAAGCCGUUGUACAAUUACGUCGUGAAAAAGCUGCAGCCGAAGUAGCAGCGACAACAAUUACACAACGUGAUUCACAUGUUUCGGUGGGAGAUAAUAGCAGCGGUUUGGCAGGAUCCAAAUUUUCAUUUGAUCCAAGCAUGGACGACACCAGUUCGCUCCUAGACUGUCAUCAUGGCAGUUCACGACGUUCGUUGGCAGACACAAGUGUUACAUCUACAGCAGAUUUAUCUGUAUUCUCAGCGGCAACCCGAUCUCAUGCACAUGAAAAUAGUUUAGAUUCACAUAGUAACAUGUCCGAUGGGUCUACUGGAGCAACAAGUUUUGAUGGUGGCGCUACUGGUAGUAUACAGCGAGUUCCAUCAACACAUUCCACACCACGUGCAACACCAGGUCCAUCAUAUGCACCUAGUCCAGAUAUUCUUAGGAUAUAUGUUCCUUAUACGUCACCAUUAGAUAAUAAUAUCACACCAACUGCAUCGCCACAAAAUGGUGAUAUAAUUAUAACGAGAUCACCACCAAAAACUCUUAAUACUACAGAUGAUAAUCGUAUUAGGAUACGAAUUGAUACUACACAGGAUGAUCUACAAACUCCACUUGUUGAACAUAAUCAAAUUAAACAUUUUAGAAUUGAUAGCCCAGAAAUUGAUUUGAAAUAGUUAUUUAUGGUUAGAGUUCAUUGAUCAACACAGUUAUAAAACGACAAAGACAGUGGUAUCGAUCAAUUUGCCUAAAAUUGUACUGUUUUAUAUGACUCUGAUCAAAAAGUCUAACGGGUAGAAAUUAAAAAUUAAUAUAUUUCCAGAUGUUUUGAUGUGAAGAUAGGAUCUUUUGCGAUUUGUUAAAAUUCUACCGAGACUUAGAAAACUUUCAGGCAUAUUUUAUUGCAUGUUUUCGAUGUAAGCGACAUUGAUUCACGUACGUACACAGAUGCACUCAUGCAGAAUCGUACGCAUAAACAUGAAUUAAAAGGGCUUUCCGAUAAAAUGAAGUCUGAUGUUUUUAUAAAAUAUGUUUUAAUUUGAUUAAUAUUCCGUAGAAUUACUUUUCUGAGCUGUGAAAAAAUGCUUCCCAAUUUAAAAUAUUACUUAAAAUUACCACAGUGUAUGGAUUUUUGAUCAGACUAAUCAAUUUUUGGCAAAUGACCGAGAUCGUGAGAUAUAAAAUAUGCGUGGUUCUUUAAUUAUUCUGAGAAAAGUUAAUAUUACAAAAAAUUAUUUUUUGUGAUAAGUUUUUGUC